AUGACUCGACGUGUCUGGUUGGUUGGUUUCCUUUUGUGUCUCAGAUUCACGUGUCCUCUUGUGACUGGAAUUUUUAUGGACAAGCUUGCCAGCCAGAAGCUGUGUGCUGAUGAUGACUGUGUCUACACCAUUUCUCUUGCCAGAGCAGAAGAAGAUUAUAAUGCUCCAGACUGCAGAUUCAUUAGUACUAAAAAAGGACAGCUGAUCUAUGUUUAUUCAAAACUAGUGAAAGAAAAAGACUCUGGAGAAUUCUGGGCUGGAAGUGUUUAUGGAGAACAGUAUGAAGACCAUAUGGGGACAGUUGGUUAUUUCCCCAGCAGUUUAGUUUCCGAACAACACAUCUAUCAAGAAGCAAAUAAGACUCUUCCUACAACGGACAUUGAUUUCUUCUGUGAAUAG